AUGGCUGCUUAUAUGUUAGAUCCAUGUUUUUUAGAAGAAAGUAGGAAUACAGAUUUAGAGGCAACUGGAUAUUCUGAAUUUACAGCAUUUACUAACAAAUUGUUUGAUCAGGAGAAAUCUGUAACAUUGUUUAUUGAGCUAGUAAAAUUUCGCCAAAAAGCUUCACCAUAUGAUAAUGAAAUAAUUUGGAUGUCAUCAUCUACUCUUAGUCCUUCUCAUCUGCAGAGAGAAAAUUUUCUACUUUUGGAUUUAUUCAUAGCAAAAUCCGAAAUCGAUUACGUAAUGAUCGCGUUAAAUAAUGGAGGCAAUGAAGGAGGCGAUGAUAAUGACGAUAAUUUAUUGAAUUUUGAUGAUAUUCCUAUUGACAGUACUCAAAAUGGGUCUGUUCUACCAAAGACUCCAAGUUCCUUGGAGCAAGUUGUACCUAAACAACGAUUUGUUAUCAAUAAAAUGAUCUUAAAAGAUUUAAGUCUUAUUCUGUCAUUUUCUGCUAUUGUUGGAUCAAAUGGUUCGGGAAAAUCAAAUGGGCUGGAUGCUUGCAGAGUUGAUGUAUAUUUUGAAGAAAUUCUUGACUUGCCUGGUUCGGAUAAUUAUGAGGUUUUACCUCAAUCUCAAUUGGUUAUCUCGCGUCAAGCAUUUCGUAAUAAUGCAAGCAAGUAUUUCAUAAAUGGGCGACAAAGCAAUUACACUGAAGUUACAAGCCCUCUUGAAGAUGUAUAUGAAAAGGGUGAAACAUUGGAUGAAGAACGAUCAAAAAAAUUAAAUCGCCUUAAAAUCGUUGAAAAGGAAAAACAAAGUUUAGAGGCCAAGAAAAAAGAAGCAGAAGAUUAUCUCCGAGAUGAAAACACGUUAACUUUGAAACAGUCCGCCCUUUAUCAAAAAAAAAUUUCUAGAAUAGAAGAAGAAGAAAAGAAUGUUCAGAUAAAACAAGAUAACAAAGUUCUUGAAGAUAUAUACAGAGAUUCUGUUAAUGUCUUUCAGCAACGUGAAAAAGUAGCAAAUGAAAUUAUAGUAGAAUCGGCAAAUUAUGAAAAAGUAUAUAUUAACCUGGAAGAAAGAAAGAAACACGCAAAUUCUAAGCAGAAGAAACUGACAAUGAAAAUUCCUACAGAUCAAGAAAGGGAGCUUGAAAUAAUCAGGGAAAGUUUAAAGGGUAUGUGA